GGAAGUGUAGUUUUUCACUCUCAGGUAAACAUGGCGGCAGCGACCACAGCACCAUCUGUCCCUGAGGAAACACCUAAGUCAUCACAGCCACCGUUUGUGCCUUUUGACUUCUCUCAGCCGCCGAUCAUCGAGGGAUUCAACCCGCUGCCGAGAGCCAAAGAUGAGACCUUCAAAGAGAAGUUCAUGAGGAAAACAAAGGAGAACCCGUUCGUCCCUAUAGGUUGUUUGGCAACAGCAGGAGCGCUGAUUUAUGGCCUCCGUGCCUUCAAUCAAGGGAAAACCAGACAGUCCCAGCUGUUGAUGAGGGGGCGUAUCUUUGCUCAAGGCUUCACUGUAGUUGCCAUUAUUUUUGGUGUCCUUACCACGGCUGUGAAACCCAAGCAAUGAAGACGGACCAAACCCAUACCUCUGCCACCACCCAGUGAACUCGGAAUCAGACCAGAUCCAACUUGGAAUUAGACUGAUGUUACUAUCUGAAUGACCUGAAUCAUUUAUUAGGUUCACAGCAUUGUUCAGAUGUCAAUACCAACACUAUUUAUUGUUGUUUGAAAACUGUGAAUUGCUCAUGGUUAUAAAAUAAUUAGCCUCAGGCUAGCACUAUGGAACAACACAGUAUAAUCGGCUCCUGACAAGAGCAAGCUGGAUUUAACUUUUAUUAUGCUAUAUGAGUAUUAAAGCAAAAUGCUGAUAAAUAUAAAUGAUAUCCUCCUUAUUCUUCUGGGAAGUUAGAUGUCAAAUGUACACAUGUAUUGCCAGUGAAAUGAUUAACAUAAAACCUGAUUAUACAUUUAA